AUGUCGACCGACAGAUUGCUAGCCACUCUGCUCAGAUAUCUACAAUCAGCCCCACAUCAACAGGACACCCACCGUCAACUGCUGUCUGCACCAGCCUUAUGGCCACUCCCAGAUGCUUUGACAUCUUCCUUGACCUUCAUGAGUCUGUUCCACUCGGCUGCUAUCAAAUGCCAGGAGCGUGAGACCGCAUAUCUCGAAACCCAACAAAUCCACUCGUCCAUACGUCCGCAUCUCGAGUCUCACCUUCCGUUACAUGAGUGGAUUGAAGCCGUGUUGAAAGGUGCCGAUCAACACUCUCCUCCCGACCACCACCUGCUUGCUAUUGCUGGUUUGAUUGUUGGUCUAGCCACUCGCGACCAUGACUUCAUGUCCACCAACAUUGCCUACACUUUACGCUCUGCUUUUGUCAAGGCUGUGAACCUCGCUCUAUCGGAAAGUCCUGCUGCUGACGACUUCGCCCACGGGAAUAUCUCUUUGGCUCUAAACCAUGCUUUCACUCAUCUGUCUGACGUAGAUCGUUCUGCCCUCGACUACGACCGUCUCUUGCCAGUGCUCAUGACCUCUGCCUUCCACUCGUCAUACGGCCUGCGCUCGGGUUAUUUCCUAGGCGCGGCAGACGCCGACCUUCACCAAGUCUCGAGCCAGCAGUUCAACUGGGCUUCUGAAUCACCAUCAUAUAUGCAAAUCGAGUCUAUUCUUGCGAGUCCACUGAUUUCGUCUCUUGGUCCCUUAUCAAGGCUGAUAGCUCAUACCAUCGAUCAUGUACAGGAUGCCUGGCUCGUGCAGUCUGCUGUUGAGGACUUGUCAGACUUCUCUAAGCGAUUGGGUACACAAUGGAGGCAGAACAAGCUGUCAGAAAUCGAUGCUUCAGAAGAGACCAUCUUUCUCCAUGAAGAAGCCCGGAAAAGCACAGUUCCGACCUUAUGGAAGCUCCUCCGCUCGGCUUUGUUCGCCAUUGUCAUCAUCCUUCGCAGCGCUACCGGUCGCGUGGUAGGAAAUGCCGCUUUGGCGGCCCACAACACUGUCCUCCACGCCCUCCGUAGUCUAUCGUUUGUCUUCAGCCGUAUGGGCAAUAUUUCGUUUUCACAGUAUACGUUCACCUACCUCACCUCCAUCGACGUCCUCGCCAAUUACCCAACUCACUCGGCUACUUUCCUCGAUUCUAUAGCUCCCUCUGAACUCGGACAUAUUCCUUCUCACCCAUUCGAACGUAAUCUGGACCUGUUCUUCCUCAACACGGCCGAACACUUUGCUCUUGUCCUAUCUUCAAACCAGAACGAGGACCUUCUCCUCGCUGCCGCAUCACCUUACCUCAUUUCAGCCGGGAACUCUAAUCUCCUUCCGAUCUUUGAGGCCGCUCACAGUGUCACCUUGUCAGUCUUCUCUGCGCCGCAAAAUGUCGAUCUUGCCGCAAAACACCUUCCAUUCUACGUUGACGCCUUGUUCCGAGUGUUUCCUCAUAAUCUUUCCGCACGCCAGUUCAGAUUGGCAUUCAAGAACCUCAUCAAGGUUGUUUCUCCGCCUAGUCGCAUUGCUGUCACUCAGCCCAUGCUUGCUGCCACACUUCUUGAUCUUGUACAUGAACGUGCGAUACACGCUCCUAGCGCUCCUCCUCCGCCGAGUCAUAUUCCCUUGUCAACAAACCCUCCAGAACUCGAGAGCCCUCCUUCAUCUGCCAUACCUGAUUUGUCCGAACAGGCAGUCCUAACACUCACGCUCAUGGAUGCAUUCCCAUGCCUCUCCCUGGCUCUCUUGGAAGAGUGGUUGCCACUGACAGCGACAGCCACGCGGAGGAUCACUGACCCAGCCAUGCGUGAUUAUUGCAAGAAGCAUUUCUGGGAAGUUCUGGUUGGUGGCGAGAUGGAUCCGGAGCGUAGCCAAAUAUGU